GCCGCAUCCAAACCGGAUUAGCUGUUAGCUAAUGAUUGAUACACACCGGCAUUAAAUCUGUUCAGGACACCUUCGCAUCACUUCACAAGGAGUGUUAUGGCCCAACAAUCUGAUGACAUCACCUCACGAAAUGGUCUCAUCUUCACCGACCGUACAUCUCAACAUCAUUCAGAGAUGAAUCAAGACAGGAUCUACAUGGACUACAAUGCCACAACUCCGCUGGACCCAGAGGUGAUCCAGGCCAUUUCUGAAGCCCUCCAGGAUGCCUGGGGAAACCCAAGCAGCAAUUAUAUAGCAGGUGUUAAAGCCAAGGCAAUAAUAAAUCAGUCCAGAGAGAAUAUCGCCAGGAUGGUUGGAGGUAAAGCAGAAGACAUCGUCUUCACAUCAGGUGGAACCGAGGCUAAUAAUCUGAUGCUCCACACUGCAGUGGAGCACUUCAGGAGGAGCUGCAGGGCUGCACAGGAAGGUGAAGGACACCAGAAUGGAAGCGGUGACCUUCCUCACAUUAUCACCUCGAAUGUGGAGCAUGACUCAGUCAAACUGGUCGCUGAGCACCUACAGAAAGACGGCAAGGCAGAGGUGACGUUUGUUCCUGUGUCUAAGCUGACAGCCCGUGUUGAGGUGGAGGAUGUCAUUGCUGCGGUUCGUCCAAACACUUGUCUCAUCUCCAUCAUGUUGGCUAAUAAUGAGACAGGAGUCAUCAUGCCGCUCCAAGAGAUCUGCCAGAGAAUAAAGUCUCUCAAUAAGCAGCGCGAUCGGCUCAGGAUCCUGCUCCACACUGAUGCUGCUCAGGCUCUGGGGAAAAUCCGAGUCGAUGUCUGUGAACUGGGAGUGGAUUAUCUCACCAUCGUGGGACACAAGUUCUACGCCCCUCGGAUUGGUGCUCUGUAUGUAAACGGCCCCGGAGCGAGAACACCUUUAUAUCCGAUGCUGUUUGGAGGAGGACAGGAGAGAAACUUCAGACCAGGCACAGAAAACACACCAAUGAUUGCUGGUCUUGGAAAGGCUGCAGAAUUGGUGACCUCUAAUCUGUCAGAUUAUGAGAGUCACAUGCGAAGCACCAAACUUUACUUGGAAGAACAACUGAAGGCCGUCUUUAAAGACAAGAUCCACUUCAACAGCCGCUACCCUGGUUCUGAUGUCCUCCCUAACACAUGUAACGUGUCCAUCCUGGGUCCAACAUUACAAGGUUGGAGGGUAUUGUCCAACUGUAGGAGGCUGCUGGCCAGCGUCGGCGCCGCCUGCCACUCAGACUGUGGAAACAGGCCGUCCCAUAUCCUGCUGAGCUGUGGCGUCCCCUCAGAGGUGGCAGGUAACGCGCUGAGGUUGAGCGUGGGCAGAGGGACGACCAGAGCGGAUGUGGACGCAGUUGUGGAGGAUCUGAGGAAAACUGUGCAGCUGCUGCAAGAAAAGGACUGAUCGCCCACAAACAGGUCAAAUCAGGAUGUGCAGAAAUAAAAAUACUGCAUUUAUUGUUACUUUUAAGUGACAUCAGACAACUUUUAAGCUUUAUCUGCUAGCUUUUCAAAAUGGUGUUUGGUGACGCUGCUGUUACAAAAACAACCAGAUCGCUUUCUGCUUUUCCUCAUAGCCUAGCUACUACAUUUUACCUAACUUAACCUGGUGGUAUCUUCAAAAUCUCAACCAUCAUCAUGCUUAUUAACCCUUUGAAACCUGGAUUAGCAUUCAUUUUCUUGUGUUGUGUUCAGAUGCAUUUAAAAAGCAUUUAAA